GGCUUGAGUUAAGUGAUGUAGGCAGUACAGCCAUCUCCUCCUGCUGUGCCCCAGGGCCCCUCCUGCCUGGGGACAUGAUGCUCCUUGUCCGGGCUGAGGAUGCAGCAGGGCUCCCUGUCCUGCUGGAUACCCUGGCCUGGAGCCAAGUACCCCUACUCUUCAGCUUCAAGUUUGCUGGUGAAUACAGGAACGCCUGUGGACAGGCACUGUGAAUUAAUGGUGACUCAAGAAGAGCCAGACCUACCCACAUGUGUUGAAGAAAAACCUUCAUUAGGUGAAUCCAGCAUGUCCAGUAAACAAGUACUUAACACUAAUGACAUGAAGAAGCCUAAAGUUUCUGAAGUCAUGACUAAAGCUGACAUCAAACCAAAAUCUAUGCAUCGUGCCAAAAUAUGGUCAGAUGAUGUAGAGAAUUUAUACAGAUUUCAGCAAGCUGGAUACAGAGAUGAGGUGGAAUAUAAACAAGUAAAACAAGUUGAUGAGGUAGAGUGCUGGCCAGAAACUGGAUUUGUUAAGAAACUCCAGAGAAGGGACAAUACAUUCUAUUAUUACAACAGGCAAAGAGAAUGUGAAGACAAAGAUGUCCGUAAAGUGAAAAUUUAUGUGUAUUAGAGUUGUUACUGUUCUGGUGGGUUUGUUUUUAUAAAUUGUUUCUUAAGACCUGUAAGUAAAUGAACUGUGUAAUCUGGUUUACCUUAAGUAUCCAUGUCAUGUUUAGAUAGAAAGGGGAGUGCUGGAAAUGUAGAGAAGCCUGAACUAUAGACAUAGAAACUUCACUUUUUCCUUCCUUUUACUAAAUGUCUUAUUAUUCCUCAUUUUCCUGGUUACAAAUGCUUUGACAUAAAGCUAAAAAGCUGGUAAAUAGGCAUCAUAUAUUUCAGCUAACUGUAUAACAUCCAUUGUAAGUACAAGCAUCAAUCUUUAUUCCAAACAAUAUAAUCUGGUUGACACUGGUUAAUGUCAGCCACAGUCUCUUGAGGUAGCCAAGGGUUAUGAGACUCCAAAGGGCCAAAGUGAGGCCAGAGCACUUACUGACAUUUCCUUGGAGCAGAGCAAGAAAAACAAGCAAAGAAUUUAAUUUAAGUGAAGGAUGCUAAACAAUCAAGUAACAAUGGCCAGUGCUGAGCUGCAGGUAUAAAGACUGGUUAUUGUAAUGGAAAGAGUCACAACAGAAAUGUCUUUUUGUCUAUCCCAAAGUAUUUUUGUCAGGUGCCAGUAAAAAUUACUCAAAGAGGAAAUAUUAAUUGACUCAGUAGCAUAUGCCUUCUUGAGGUGGGUGGAUUGUGGAUUCAUAGGUGUUGGGAGCAUGGAGUGUAAAACUCUAGGAAGAACAUGAAAUCCCACGCUUGGUAAUAUUUAGGGGAAAGUGAUGGACACAGAUGAUAUGUGGGAUUUCGGGGCAGAAUUCAUCUCAUCUAACUUCAAAUGUCACAUUAUCAACAUCCACACCUGAUCCAGUCGUUUGGACAGCCUUUGUUUUGAAUAGAGAGAAGUUCUUGUUGGCACAAUUAAUUUAUUUUAAGUGCAGCUAUGUAACCUUUUCUUUGUGCUGCUGUGACAUCAGCUCUGCAGCAGCUGCCUGUACCUGGGCUACUGAGACACUCAAUGAAGAUGAGGGACUGUACUUACCUUCACUCAUGAGGGGAUUUAAUUAAAAUACUUUGAGAUGCCAAAAUUCUUGAUAAUUGACCAGUAGAACAGACUGCUGUUAUGUAAACCAGUAGGUGUGUUUGUAGUAGUUACAAAAAUUUUGUUAUUAAUAUUUCCUAUCUCUAGACUGUUGAGCUUUUACUAAAGUAUCUAAACUUAGUUUUAGGCAUGAGUUAGCAGUGUACAUUUGACCACCUAUCUUAUGGAUAUUCUUCAUUUUUUUGAGCCUAAGAUGGAAGCAGACUCCAGAUGAGAAAUAGAGGACUUACAGCUCCUAGUCAAAAUAAGCAGUGUGAAUGCAAUAUUUAAAAGACCUCAUUGACAAUGAUUGUUGAUGAUCUCCUCAUCUUAUUUAGACCACUUGGAAAGUUGUCGCUUAAAUUUGUAUGAGCUCUGUUAGAGAAAUGACUGAAAGAUACUCUGAAACAACUAUGAAACCUAUAUUCUCAGAAAGUUUUAAUGGCAUAUAGAGAGUUUCUGCAGUGUAGAGAAAUAAAGCAUUGCUGCAAUGAAUGUCA